GAGAGAAGCCGGUAGAUGGAGGUGCCGCGUCUGGAAAGGGAAUUGCCGAGCUCUGCAGGCAGCAUCUAUCUGGGCGAGGAGGAGGAAGGGGCCGGAUCAGGUGUCGCAUUAGGACCCAGUGGAGCCCCCAUGUUGGAGGUAGGAGCUUUUUCUCUCAUUUCGGAGUUUUUUGAGCCCAGAGAGAAGAGACCAAGGCGUUGGGCAAGGGCGAAGGCAGCUCAUAGCAUCCGAAGCGCAGACCGCACCGCACUCCUGCAUCUACCUCCCGGCCCCGUCACCAUGAGAGCGCUGUGUCUCGUCCUGCUGGGCCUGCCAGCAGCGCUCCUGGUCCAGGGCCAGUACAGCAGGUUUGAAGGCAUCACCUACCCUGAGCCGGUGCAAUAUUCCCAGUACGACCAGCAGGCAGAGAUUCAGGACUACUACGACUACCACGAUGUGACCCCCCGCACCCCUGAGGAGCAGUUUCGGUACCAGUCCCAGCAGCAAUCCCAGCAGGAGAUCGUGCCAGCUCCGACCCCAGCUGCUGCCCCCGAGACUGAGCCCACGGAGCCAGGACCCCUGGACUGCCGGGAGGAGCAGUACCCCUGCACCAGGCUCUACUCUGUCCACAAGCCCUGCAAGCAGUGCCUGAACGAGAUCUGCUUCUACAGCCUCCGCCGGGUCUACGUGAUCAACAAGGAGAUCUGCGUCCGCACUGUGUGUGCCCACGAAGAGCUGCUGCGGGCCGACCUGUGCCGUGACAAGUUCUCCAAGUGCGGCGUGAUGGCCACCAGUGGGCUCUGCCAGACCGUGGUCGCAUCCUGCGCCCGCAGCUGCGGCGGGUGCUGAAGCCGCCCCCCCCCCUCGCCGGGACCCGCCGAGCCCCUUCCCCUGCCCGCCAGGCUCCGGCUCCUCACCGUGGUGCUAAAGAAACCGUGCAUGAAAGAGCAUAAGGAAAAAAAAAAAGUCCAUUUUUUGGUGCACAUAAGAAUAAAGGGGGGGUUAUUAUUUUUAUUACUUUUGUUAUUAUAUUGUACGGGGGGGGCGGCGCCAGCCCCCGCCGCCCCAUUUUCUGCGUAGAGUAUCCAAGAGAAAAAGCGUAAGGGUCA